UAUUGUUACCACAGGGACCAUAGUCCCUUGGCCCCGUUUUAAAAAGUACGCUCAAGUUUUGUCAAUGACAUUAUGGUUUGAUUCGCUUUAAAGUGUAACUGUGUACGUUUCCGCGAGGGGGUUCAACGCUCGACCACUCCGACGAGGUUUUGUAACGACACGGUUACGUCACAUUUCAAAUAAUGGUUAUAAAACGCAACAACGGGGUGGACGGAGUCGAGCGACAGCAUUUGAGGCGUCGCCAGUUCUUCGACGGGUCACUUUUGUAUUCUCAAUCAUAAAAUAAUUUCUCAUCGUUCGUGACCAUAGUGGAUCAGUGGCGACAGGAAUCGCGGGAGAAGACUGAGGGUUUGCAGCGCUGCCAAUAAAGCAAAAGGUGGCUACUACACAGGAAGGAAGAAACAUGGCCCAGGUUCGAGUCGCAAUCAGGGAGGCGUUGUGGGGAAUGUGUGCUGCGGAUGCCAUGUCUAUGCCCGUGCACUGGUACUACGAUGUCCGUGACAUCACUCGUGACUUUGGGGGACCCAUAUCUAAGUUUGAGAAUCCACCAGUGUCACAUCCAAGCAGCAUCCUCAAGUUGUCUAACACAGCCGGGAGUGGUCGGACUGCCUGGGUGUCCAAGUCCAAAUCUAAGCAGGAGGUUGUUGGAAACGUCAUCCUCCAUGAUAAACUGCAUUUGUGGAAGCAGCCUGGCGGCUCCACACACUAUCACCAUGGUCUGCAAGCCGGUGAAAACACUCUGAAUGUUCUCUGCGCUCUGCAAGCGGCUCGCACGCUGGUCAGUGGAGGCUUUACAGACGUGUCACAAGCAGAGGCUCGUGGUGCUGUGUUGGCCGACUACGUGGCUUUUAUGACCACCCGAGGCUCGCACAAUGACACCUAUGCUGAGUCCUGCCACAGAGCCUUCUUCUCAGACUGGCAAGAUACUAGACCGACGACAGACACAGAGGUGUUGCAGUUCGCAGAGCAACGAUCCCGUCGCGUCCUCUCCUUACCUGUUCCUGAUUCACAACUCAAUGCUAUCGGCUGUCUUCCUUCGGUCCUUCCCUUCGCCUUGCUGUCAGCUUCAGCCAAUGAAGAGAAAUCUGUGUCAGCAGCAGUGGAGUUUGGGAAGUUAACACAUCCGCACCCCGAAGUCUCCAAUUUGGUUGCUCUCUACUGCCGAGCAUUGCAUGUGGUUCUUGGUGGGGGCAGCGUGCGGAUGGAAGCGGAGCAUGCUCUGAAGGAACUUGGUGUUUGGGACACGUGCCGAAGCUUCAGCCGCCGCGCAGCAAAGUUUCCCAAGUCGUCACCGGAGGCCCUGCGAGUCCACCAGAGUGCCGUCAGUAGUCUGGGCCUGGCCUGUUACCUCGAAGGAGCGUUGUCCAGUUUGUUCUACUUGGCGUAUGAAUUCCACGAUGACCCCGAGGGGGGGAUCCUGGUUAACACCAACUGUGGAGGAGAGAACUGUAACAGAGGGUCUGGGCUGGGUGCCCUGUUGGGUGCUGGAGGAUCCUACAAGGGAACUUUCAUACCUCAAAAAUGGAAAGAUGAGAUGAGAGACGCACAAGAACUCAUAGCAGAAAUUAUGAAAGAGCAAACAACUAAACUUUAAAUACUGUGAGCCCGGUCAUGAACGGUAACUACUCCGGCCUGUUUAACAUAACUUCUGAAACAUUUUUCUGAUUUGAUGCACUGACCCACCACGCACUUCAGCUAGCAACUGACCUGUUCACUCCGACUUUCUCAUGCAGAUCAACCUUGAAACCUUCAUUGGGAACCCAUGACUCCUCUCUGAAUCUAAGUAUAUUUAAGACAAACAUACAAACUCUUGACAGAGCGAUUCUUACGUGUGCAUAUGUUUUUAAAAUUGCUCUACUCCACUGUCUAACUUCAUCACCAGCAAACAACUCCCACAAGUCAGAUGUUCAUUCUCUUCAUGAAAGAUUAAAUAUGAACUGAACACUAACAUUGUUUCAACAACUACAGUACGCCACACACAACAAAUAAAAUUAAGGGCUGCAUGGCAAUGGUUUCUGAUGUGUACAGCAACAUAUCAUGGAAAUAAAAUUACUGUGGGAAAAUGAGAUGAAUUUCA